AUGGACAAGAAACCGAAACGGAAUGAUGAUGUGAUCCUGACGGAUGUUGCAUCUGCGCCAACGGCAGCUCAAUAUACCUCUUCUAUUACCACGGCCUCAAUCAGUAGCAUGGCUGAUGAAAUUGCUGCUACCGCAAUCGCUUCGUUGGAAACGAUAAUUCUACUUUCACCAUCCGCAGUAUUGGAUGGCAGAACAACGCCUGAGCAGGGAGCAUUAAUAGCUUUGGGCAUCAUUUGUGGCCUGUUGGUUAUAGGAGUUUUACUGUUCAUGGUUCUUUACUUAUCUGGUAAGAGAUAUGGACGAACGACCAACGUCCGAGUCGUACACAGUUCGCGGAGAACUCGCCAAUCACGUCGACCCGCGGCACUUGAUCGAAGAAGGAAUGGUCCAUUAGGUGACUUCGAAGCACUGGAAUUUCCUGGCCAAUGA